UAAUACAAACUCUUAUCUUUAUUUUGACCAUUCUAAAUCUCAAAAGUCAAACCUAUGUGCCACCCUACCCACAUAUAAAUAACACCAUAUGUAACGUAACCCUCCAAAAACAAAAAACAUAACAUUCAUCCUAUCAUAUUCACUAGAUUCACCUCAACCAGCAGCUACCAGAUUCAAAUUCAGCAAACAAUGGAAGGACUGAUUCCAUUUUUGAUGCAUGCCAUGAAGAAGAGCCACAGGCUUCAUCACACCUACCGCUCCUUCUCCACCGGCUCCACCGCCAGCUACCAUCUCCUGGAUGCAGCACAGCCUUCUGCCGCUGAAGGUUCGUCCCACCGCAGGACCCGUUCCGACUUCCAGCCACCCACCGCUGAGUUCUUGCACCACAGAUCAGCUUUUGAUUCAAACACCACCUGUUCAACUCCAAACACAUAUAAUCAUGCUGCAAAGCUCAAGGGUAACUGAAGCAAAUGGAAACCAAGAUUCCAAGCAAGCUAUUUUUUCAUUGUUUCUGUAAUUUGUAUAAUAUCACAAACCACUUCAUAUUAUUAUUCUUAAAUGCAUGGAUGAUCAUUAAAC